CCUUUCCCGCCGCAGGCCGGCCGGGGGGGAGGGAGGAGCGCGAAGGGAAGGGUGGCCGCUCCCUCGAGGUAGCGAGGAUUUCGCGGCCACGGACCCCCAGCAGCAGGAGUGGGGGAGGCGCAGCAGGAGGGGCGACGCCGGCCGGGUGCUGCCCGCCAAAACGCGCGGGGUGGCGGGACGGGACGGGGCAGAAGCGAGGAGACUGCUCUGCCGGCUGCCCCAGCCUGCCGCGAUGCCCAGUGACACCCCGGCCAUCAGCAAUCCCCCGGACGUCGCGGGCCCAGGAGACGAGGCGAACAGCUUCGGGCAGGCGGCGGCCGCCAUGGUCUCCGCCCCGGCGGACAGUGGCGCCGCUGCAGUGGGGAAGAAGCGCCCGCGACUGCCCAAGUGUGCCCGCUGCCGCAACCACGGCUACUGUUCGCUGCUGAAGGGGCACAAGCGCUUCUGCAUGUGGCGGGAGUGCCAGUGCAUCAAGUGCAGCCUCAUCGCCGAGCGGCAGCGCAUCAUGGCAGCGCAGGUUGCCCUAAGAAGACAGCAAGCUCAGGAAGAGGAACUGGGAAUCAGCCACCCAAUGCCCCUGCCCACUGUUGCUGAGAUGUUUGUUAAGAACAGUGGUGGCAGCUCUUGCCUCUCGCUGGGAAGCAGCAGCCCAGUGCACUCGACAGGUACAGCCAUGACAGCAGCUAGUACACCACCAGAGGGAGGGAUGCUCAUUCAGGACAUCUCUUCCCUCCCCAGCAGAGGGCACGUGGAGAGCACGUCUGAGCUGGUUGUGGACUCCGCCUACUACAGCAGUUUCUACCAGCCGCCUCUGUACCCUUGUUACAGCAACCUGUGCAACUACUCCCAGUACCAGAUGGCAGUGGCUGGCGAGCCUUCCUCAAGUGAGACAGGGGGUACAGUUGUAGGGUCUGCCAUGAAGAACAGCCGUCGCAGUCUCCCAACAACAUACAUGCCGAGCCAUUCAGGAAAACAGUGGCAGGUGAAGGGCAUGGAGAAACACCACCCCAUCAGCUCCCAGUACCGUAUGUGUUCCUACUACCCACCUGCUUCCUACCUGGGACAGGGGGUUGGCACUUCCAUGUGCCGCCCCCAAAUCCUGACCUCUGAGGACAUCACCUCCUCCUCGGAGUCAGAAGCUAAAGGGUUUUCGCCGCCCAGCAGCCAGGACUCCGGCCCGGGGUGCCUGUCGAGCAGCAGCGAGAGCGCCAAGGGGGAGCUGGCGUGCGAGCUGCCCGCGGAGCCCGACGAGCUCGCCAUGAGCCCCGUGCAGGAGCGCGGCGAGUAGCCGCGGGGCCGGGCGGUACAGCAGCAGCGUUCUGGGUUUGCUUGUUCUCUUUGGGGGUUGCGGGGGACGGGCGGGGGGUGUUCGGUUUCUUCUUCCCAGGUGCGGGGCGGGACGCCAGGUUCCCCGGGGGCCGCCGUGGGGCCUCCCCGCUGCCGCCAGGGCUGGCUGGCGCAUCCUGCCGCCGGGACGGCAGCGCGAUGCCUCCGCCGCCUGUCUCGGGAGCGGGGGCCGCCGUCGGGGCUGAGGCGGAGAAAGCGUAGCCGAAAUGCGGGCGGGGGCUCUAGGUAGCGGGAGUCCUGUGCCGGCCCCUCCCCGUGCAGGGGCCUGUAACUCAUCUGUGGGAAACAUCAUCGUGCUAUGUCUUCCUGACGGUUCCGUACAGGCUAACGCUGCUGCUUGGUCUGGGAGUUUUCUUCUCAUGUCGCCAAAUUAACAUAUUUUGCAUAUUACAGUUCAGUGCCUUGCUUUAGAUUGCAGUCUAAACUGCAAGUAAUAAGUAAGUCCCUUAAGAGUUGCCAUGAGUUUUGGCGUUUGUUAUUUUAUUAAAAAUGGGCUAUGGUGUUUUUCCUCGUGUUACCAAAGCCAAUCUGAAGUGAAACUAGUCUAGAAAAAUUCAUUGUUCUCUGUAGUUGCAGCUGUACCUGAAAUAAAAAUGUUAUUGAUGACUGAA